AUGGCUAGCGAGCACCCGAGACACACGACAGGCUCCGGCCACGAAGACGACGAGGAAGGAGCGCACCUGCUCUCCUACGACGAGUCCCCACGGGACGCCUCUCCCGACAGCGACACUGUAGCCCAUGCUGCAUCCGAAUCGCAACCACACCGCCCACCUUCCUUCCCACCCAGGAGGCAGUCUUCCUUCGCCCAACCACGCCCUGCCGGCACUCCGCGAACCACAAACCGUGUUCACUUCAACAUUGAAGACUCGAUUCGUGGCAGCAUCGACAAUGUCCAGCAAGACGACCAAGACCUGAUCGAUGAGGAGGACUACUUGACCGCAGACAACUGGAGCGAGAGGAGACACAAUGCUGGUCAACGCGCUCCCCUCCUGACAGGCAUCGAGGCCCCUGCCGUUACCCUGGCCGAGUCCGACUUCAACCCCGACGACCUGCUCGAGAGCGCCCGCCCGAAGAGUUCCAUGUCUAGCGCGUUUAUGAAUAUGGCAAAUAGUCUGCUUACAGGUGUCAUCCUUCUCAUCGUCUUGACAAUAACCGUUGAUUGGACCAUUCGCCUGAUCGUCACAAACUCGAAACUCAGUGGUACCAACUCCUUCCAGGCAACAGUCGAGCACUGCUAUGGAAAGUCAGGCCUCGUUGCCAUCUCCAUUGCUCAAUGGGCCUUUGCUUUUGGUGGCAUGAUUGCCUUCUGUAUCAUCGUCGGAGACACGAUACCACACGUCAUGUCGGCCCUGUUCCCUUCGUUAGAAGACAGCCAUUUCUUAUGGCUUCUCACGGACAGGAAAUUCGUCAUACUUGCAAAAGCCAGUUCGCUCGCUCUCUUUAGUAUGCUCAUCAUUGUCAUCACAGUCAUCACACAAGGUCCAAGGGUUCCUGCCGAGAUGAAAGGGCCCCUUAAAGGUUCUCUUAUUAUCAACAAUGGUGUCUUUCAGGCUAUUGGUGUCAUAUCUUUCGGUACCUAUCCAUCAUUCACACUUUACGAUCAAUCAUCUAACUUGUAUCAGCGUUUGUGUGCCAAGCCGACCAUGGACCGCUUUGCCAAAGUUACCCACUAUUCGACCAGCAUAUCAAUGCUUGCUUGUCUCGCCAUGGCCCUUUCCGGUUAUCUGAACUUCGGAAGCUUGACCCAAGGCAACGUGCUGAACAACUUUCCUACAAACAACAUCCUUGUCAAUAUUGCCAGACUAGAAGUCAUGAACCUCUACUACUUCUCUCACGAACCCUUCGACCCUAAUCGUCAUCUCAUCCUCACCACCGCAUUGGUCAUUUCGGCCAUGGGAUUGAGUCUGCUGACCUGCGACCUAGGCAUUGUGUUUGAGCUUGUCGGCGCCACCAGUGCUUGCGCUCUAGCUUACAUCUUGCCUCCGUUGUGCUAUGUCAAGCUCACUAAAAGAAGAACGUGGGAGACGUAUGCUGCUUACGUGUGCAUAACAUUUGGUUGCAUCGUCAUGAGCAUUAGUGUUUUGCUCGCUGGCGCAAAGAUGGUCAGAGGAGAAGGCGGCGCACAGAGCUGUUAG